AUGACAGCACAAUUGGACUUCAGCCUCCCCACAGCCCUAAUCCUAAUCGACAACCAAGCCGCCUUCACUCAUGAACCAACAAUCUCACACUGGGGCACUCAGCGCUCAAACCCACGCUACGAAGCCAACCUUCAAGCACUCCUCACUGCAUUCCGGACCGCAAAGUCGCAGUCUCCCUCUUCUUCUCAAUUCGAAGUCAUUCACAUCUUCCACUCAUCUACCAGCCCGGGUUCAUUACUCCACCACUCUCACCCCGCACAAGGAAUUCGUCCACUAGACUUUGCGACUCCCGCAUCGGAUGGGUCGGAGCCUAUUUUUUGGAAAAGCGUCAACUCGUCUUUUAUUGGGACGGGGCUGGAAGCGCACUUGCGUGAGAAGGGCUUCCGUCAACUGCUUUUUGCUGGGUUGACGACUGAUCAUUGUGUUUCGACUACUGUGCGCAUGGCGGCUAAUCUGGGGGUUGUGGAUCGGUAUUUGGGGGAUGGGCCUGUGAAGUUGAGGGCUGAUGGGAGUCACGAGAAUGAGGUUGAGGUCGAUCAGGGGAGGAUUGUGCUUGUUGCUGAUGCCACGGCUACUUUUGGCAAGGCUGGGAUUGAUUCGGAGACUAUUCAGAAGGUCACUGUUGCUAGUCUUGAUGGCGAGUUUGCUGAUGCCAUUGGGACGGAUGAGGUGGUUAAGGCUUUGGGAAAUAUUAAGAAAUAG